AUGAAGCGAAGAAAUGAAGAAAAAAAUCAACGGGUUAUGAAACUUGAAAAUGAAUUUAAUGCUUCCUUUGAGGAAGUUACAAAAGAUAGUGAAGAAACACGAUUUGAUCAACGUGCUUUAAAAAUGUUAGAUAUUUUUCACGAAAUUAAAAAACAUGUUAUUACAAAAGUAAUAGAUCAUUGUAUUGAUUUAGGAAGAGAUACAUUAUGUGAAAAAUGGAUUGGUAUUGGUGCUAAGAUAAUUGGAAAUGAUAAAGACUUUAUAUGUAAAUCUCUUACGUAUUUAGAAGAAAGAGGAAAAUUUACAAAAAUAGGCAAAUUAUUUGAUGAUUGUGCAGAAAAAUGUGAUGAUGAAACUAUUUGUAUUAAAGCAAUUCAAUGGUAUGAAAAAAUUCAUGCAUUUGAUAAAGCACGAAAAUUAUUGGAAGUUAAAAUAAAAGGAAAAAAUGUGAAUUUAGUAUGGAAAAUUAUAUUUGAAGGAUUAAUGUUUGAAGCUCGUGUUGGUUCUUUGAAUGUAGCCCUUAAUGGUAUGAAUGUUUUGGUUAAUAAAAAGUUAACGGGAACAGCUAUCGCACCAAUGUUAUAUGAACAUGCGUUGAUGUACCAUAAAUUAUUGAACGAAAACAAAUGUUAUGAGUUAUGUGAAAAAGGAUUGUCUUCUUUUCCAAAAUAUAUUCAUUUAUUAAUAUUAUUAAUACGAACUAGGAGUAGGAUUACCAACUUAAGAAUUAAUAAAAUUAUUAAAAAGAAUAGUUUAAUUUGUUCUUCAGUUAAUUCUCCUAGAAGUCCAUUAACCAAUGUUAGUUUUGAAAAUGAAGAACAAUCAGGUAAUUCUCUAGAAAUAAUCAAUAGUUAUAAAAGGAAAAAAGAAAUUGAAGAAGAGGUAUUAGAAAAUACUAUAGUAGAUGCGAUUCAUGAAGUGGUAUUAGAAUUUAAAGGUGAUUUACAAAAAAUUGUAAAUAAACACAUUGGGAGUUUGAGUGCUGAUGUUCAGUGGAAAGUUUAUCUUGAAGUUGCACUAACAGCAUGUGAUUAUGGAUGGGAUGAUAUGGCAAUAGAACAAUUUGAAAUUUGUUUAAAAUCUUCUCCACUUAAUACAAUAUGGAAAAGUUAUGUUUUAAUGGCACGUCAUUUUAUGAAUAAAGAUAUAAAUAAAUCAUUGAAAUAUUUAAAAGAAGCACAACAACUUGUUGGAGAAAAACAAGUUGGAAUUGUACUAAUGGAAAAAGCACAUAUUGAAGAGGUUAUUAAAGAUGAAAAUAACGCAGUUAAAAAAGCAUAUGAAAUUAUAGAAGUAAUUGAUGAUUGGAAAUAUUCUAUUGAAGCUAUUAUGAUUCUUGUUCGUUGUAAUAAGGUUAAACAAGGAUAUGAUAUAUGUAAAUCUGUUGUUGGACAAUUUCCAUCAACAGGAAGAGUAUGGGGACUAUUUGUUAUGUUAUCUCAAAUUGAAGGAAUUCAAAAACAAGAAAAAUCUCUUGAACUUGCAUUGAGAAAUGCACCUAAAUCUGGAGAGGUAUGGUGUGAAGGUGCAAGAAUGGCAAUGAAACAAGGUAAUUUUUAUUUGUCAUUAUUAUUUCUCAAAUAUGCCCAAUUAUUUACUCCUCAAUAUGGGGAUAUUUAUAUAGAAUUUCUUAAAUUAGUAAUUCUUACUAAACAAUGGUCAAUGUUAAAGAAUAUAAUUUUGUCAUGUGUUCACUCUGAACCAAAUUAUGGAUUGUUAUGGACAUUCUAUAAAGAAGAAGAGACAUCCCCAAUCAAAAUAUUAAAAAAUGCAUUUAAAAAUCUCAGAAAAUCAUACCAACAAAAUAUUUUUAUUAAUCCAUUAGAUAUUUACAAGAGAUGUAAAAAAUACCCCCAAAAAACAAGAGUUAGAAUGAUUCUUGGGUCUGAGCUUUUUAAAGCUUGA